UUUAGUUGGAUAACGUACAGAAACAGAGCACAAAUGCCACAGGAUUUAGCAACCAAAAGAUAAGAGUAAAGAGUUGCUCAUGGCGCAAAAUGCAAAUGCCAGCUAAAAAAAAUCGACUCUGGGUUGCGUAACCCUCUGGAAAAGGAUGAGACUUUCAGGAUAGAGAAUUCAAAAAGCUACAACCUUUGAGCUCCCUCCACCUUUCCAUGGCGGGCACCAUCAAACCCGUACUCCCUCCCCAACAACAACAAUUGAUCCCAACGAAACAAACCCUUCACCCUGCUUCUCCUCCAUGGAUUUCCCGCAAACCCAUUUCCCAUGGCGGCCAUUCAUCACUUGGCAUUUCUUCUUCUCACAGCAGGCCGCCACUCUCAGCCUCCGUAUCAUUCGACCCGUCGAGAAACUUCGACCUUUCUUUAUUCGACGACGAUCAAGACGCGUCGGAUGUCGCGCCGCAGCCGAUGCCGCCGAGCGAAGGAAGGUAUGAAGUUGUCAUCGACAAUGGCAUCAUUAGCGCACUCGAUUUGUCCCCGUUUCGCGAUGUUAUGCCUACGGGGAUUGUUAAUUCUUCUAGCUCCCCUGCCUCAGUGGAUGAAGUAAAGCAGUUGUUGGAACGAAGCGUGGGGUUUACGAUAAACUAUACGAGGGAGGAUCCCCGGGAUCCUCGAGAGCUGUCGGAACUCCCAGAUGUGAGGCUCUGGUUCGUGUGGCUCGAUGCAGCUUAUCCAUGGCUGCCGGUGGUGCUUGACUGGAGAGCAGGGGAACUCGCCCGUAUGCCGCCAUGAUGGUCCCUCAUCAGGUAGUAAUACAUUAUUCGGUCAUGAUACGCGCGCGUGUUGACAUUGUUCGAUUGUAAUUGGUGCAACUUUUCCCCUGUUGGAACAUGAAUUCGAUGGUUUGGGAGUUAGUUAUUUGUGAAAUUGGAUGGUUUGGUUUUAUGUGUGUGUGGUGUGCAGAUGAACAUGAAGAUGGGGGUUGUGUUCAAUCCAGAGGCGUUGGAGUUGUUUGUGAUGAAGAAAGUGUUUGCGGUGUAUUUGAUAAUCGCAAAUCCACUUAUUUCUCGAUUUUUGAUGAUUUAUGACAAUUUAACAGAGGCCGGUGAGGGACACAUCUCAAUCUCCUACCGAAAUUCUUUCAUG